AUGCUCAGCAUGUUGCGUGAGCCAGCAAUGAUUAUUGGCGCCUUCCUCUUGCUUUUCGCUGCAGUAAUCAUCUACGUCCGUCUCGAUUUUUCCAUUUCUGAGGACAAAAUGGCAGAAUUGCAACAACGCGUUCAGGCCUCCGUGGACGAAAUUCUCAGUUUGCAAAAUAAACGUUCAGCAAUUUACCAAGCUUUUGAAGACGCUGUCAGUAAUUACAAGUCGUCAAAGGACUCGGAUCGCUUUAAGUCUGACUAUCGCAAAGUUGAGGCGGAUUAUAAGGCUAUCUCGCAGAAAAUAGCUGGGAUGCAGUCCAAGCUACGUGAAUUCUGGACGGAGGGAGCUGAUAAAGUUGGUGAGUUACAAAAAUUGGAUUUGGAUUACCACAGUCUGAUGAGCAAAGGCAUAUCUCUGGCCGAAAGCGUAGUAUCAGGAAAGAUCUCAAAGCCGCAGUAUCAGACUGAAGACACGAAUCUAUCUGCUAAGAAGACUGCACUUAUUAAGAGAAUGGAAUCAGUUGCUGAGUCCCUGUAG